GCUUCGUACUCCUGUUGCUCUCUCACUACAGCCUUUAAGAAAUCUGAGCAUCCCUUAUAUGGAGUUUAAGUCCACCCUCACCUCAUGCUUCGUUCUCUUCCUCGUCCUCUCUCACCCUUAUUUCUCCACAGGGGCAUCGCAAGCUCUGGAAUCAGAGAUAUAUGAAAUUGAUUAUAGAGGUCCUGAGACCCACUCGUCCUCUCCUCCUCCAGAUCAUCAUCAUCAAUCUCAUGCCAGCCCUCUUUCAAAUCACCGAAAAGCCUCUCUGGGUUCCGGCAAAGUUAAUGAGGGCUUCGUGAGCAGUAAUAAUCAUCCCAAACAAGAAAAGGUGAAGGGAAUCCAUGGAUGAACAGGCCUUUCACAGGUUUAAUGUAUGUGUGUCUGUGCUCUCGUAUAAUAGGGGACGUCAUGUGGGGAAUUUUGUCAUGUUUAUUCUUAAAGAUAUGCAAAAUCUGUACAAACGACAGGUGUGUGGUGAUGAGGGAAACAAAAACUAUGUGGCCUUCAGUUUGAACAGUACAAUAUGUAGUUGUAAGUUGUAACUAUCAUCAGAUCGUCAUAUGUUCUCACUGGUUUUUUUUUUUUUUUUUUAUACACGAAGGAUAUAACUCUGUCUAUCGCCUUGGCAUUUCCAACCAAUCACGUGACAAAACUUCGAUGAUUAAUGUUUCCCCA